CAUUGCCCGCCCACCCACGUUCCCUUUGCAACGACAUUCGUAACCCGCCUCGCUCGUUGCACCCUCGCUCCUCUUCUUUUAAGUUGCCUUUUGCUGUUUUUGUCUACCUGUCUCUUUUCUUCCUCCGAGCCUGCUUCUGACGUUUCACCUUGCUCGUUUUCUGCUUUUUUCAUAUACAACUCUGCACGCCUCACCUAAUCUCCAACCCUGCUCCUCUCUUUCCGCCUCGUCUGCUCGCUCUUCGUCUCGUAUCCGGCACAGCCAAUCUUUCGCUCGUUCGACUCGACUUUACCGGUCCGCGCUACUACUCUCGACUUUGCUCCGGGCGACGAUCUCCUUUUAACUCUCAUAAGAAUUGGAUUUGUCUUCUAAUUGUACCCCAUCUCCUCUCCGAUUGAACUGUCUUUACUCUCGAACAUACCCUCCAACGCUAUCGCCUUGCACCACCAGACGAUAUCCUUCUAAUGUGCUUAUAAGAAGCCUUGUUGUUUACGAGAUUGCUGCAAAAGUCGUUUUCGAACGGCCGGACAGCACAUAUCCCGUUUUGUUCUUCUUUUCAUAGCUACACGAUAAUCACAUCAGCUACACGACUCGACGCUCGGCCAUGGCUCAGGCUAUCCAAGCGCCACUUCCUCCGCACUUCUACUUUGGCGACGAUGGCCGCCUUCAAUACGACUUCAAAGCAGCUCGUCAGCAAAAGCUUGGAACCUCGCAAGCCGAUGGUUCUGAUCUCGAGCUUGGCCAACUGUCCAUCUUUGACAAAGAGCUUCCUGAAACACCGCUCGACAUACCCGACUCGCCCGAUUCACAAAUGACCGAGUCCUCUCUAGAUUCACGGGAGACACCGGAGAUUCCAGAUACUUCAGAGUUCGAUGUGCCAAGCUUCAACUCUUCAUUCCAGCUAAGUGGAUUGCUCAUUAGCAACCCGCAGACUCAGAAUGAAGAGGUUCCUAGUCAGGAUGAUGACGCCCCAGCCGAACCUCCAGCUGCCAAGCUGCGUAUAUCUAUCCCUAAAGAACGAGCAGCCCCAACUGCUCAGCGACCCAAGACAUGGUUUCCUGGACUGCAGUUUCUCGAAGAGGAUGAAGAAUGCCGCUCCGCUACCUCGGCCUCUGGCUCAUCAUCUCCAGUAACGCAAAACGCCGACGUCCGCAAGAGCGUCGCAGGCACAUCAAUCAGCAGCUUUGCCAGCCUUGCUAGACGAUCAUGGCUUUCUCGGGGCCCCUCAUCCAAGGGUAGCUUAACUCCCACUGCUAGCCCUGCCCCUAAAGACUCGACCGCCAAAGAUGUCACUGAUGAUGAGGAUGAGAAGCAAGAUGCACCGAGCACAGUCGGCAGCAACAAGCGAUUCUCGAGGGCCUCGGCAUACUUUGGCAAGGCCAUGACCAAGCAGUCGUCUCUGUUCAAGGUGCAUGAGUAUGCAGACUCGGACGACAGCUGCGCUUCUUCAGCUGCAAGCCUUCGUCAGCCCGGUGCUGAAAGUGUAGAUAGCCACAGGUGGAGCGAUAGCAACAUGACCACUCCGGUUACCGACGAUGCUUCCUCCGCAGAUAUUCCCUUGGCUCGUGACGCCCUCUGGACUGUUUUUAAGAAGCUCAACAUCGAAGCGCAGUGUUUCCCCGCCAAGACUGUCUCGCAAAAGAUCCAGCAGCUUCAAACCCAACUCCUACCCUUCCUCCGCUCCACUGCGUCCCACCCUUCGACCAAGACCCUCACUCCCGACGAGGUUGACCAACGGGCUACCAUUCUAGAUAGAUGGUGGUCCGCUGUUCUGGAUAUGCUUGACGAAGAUACGCAGCCGCCCAUCCCCGGUGUUGACCGCCCGGUUGUCCUCGAAGCCGCCACUUUGCUCAUGAUGAGACCCGAGUGGCGCAAAGCCACAUCUUAUUUCCAGCCGCUAAGUGAACGAUCUCCCACAGAGAAGGUACGAGCUCGCGGAUGGGCCAACAGUCUCAACAGCACCGCCGAGGUGACCUUUGAGCAAAUGAUGCUCGCUGAAUCCGCCGAGCACAACGUCCGCACCAUGUUCAUCAGCAACUUGAUCAGACAAAUGGGCUUUGUUGUUGAAAAGAUGUCAUUGAGACAUGCUCCUUUGACGCUGGUCAACUUUGCUGGCAAGACUUGCGCCUAUGCAUUCUUCUUUGCACCCGGCGUCGCUGAUGUCCUUGUCCGACUAUGGAGUCUUACACCAGACUUAAUUCGUCGCGUCGCCGAUGAGAUGAACCUUCCCCGCCGGGAUACUGGAGAGAGUGAUGAUAUUGUCGCGCUCUUCCCACCCAAGCUGGGAGUCUAUGGCUGGACUACCCCCCGUACCCUCUGGAACACCAUUAAGCAAGUCCCUAAGAUGAGCGUCAUGAUUGCUCGUAUUCCUUGGACUGGCGCCUGGGUCUCGCGAUGGAAGGGUCGCGACACCGAUUUGUUCUUCAUCUUCUGCAAGUACUACCACAUUCUGUGCGAGCAGUUCAUGCCUACCGAGCUGCCUCUCAUUGAAAAGGCUCGCUCCCCUGCUUUUGUUCUCGUUCAAGCUCAGCUACUCAACAUUCUGGACUCUACUGUCCACCGUCAGGCCGCCAUGGCCAGCCCCAUGUUUGUUGAUUCCAUCCAUGGUGUUGAUGAUGCUUCAGCCAUGACACUCCCAAUGGCAACAUCCAAUCUUAUGAAGGGCAUGGCAGAGAACCGCAUGGUCGCAUUGCUUAAGGACAUUUUGAACGACGACGCCCCUGAGAACCUUACGGCCCGCCACACCUUUGCGGAAGCCUUUGCUGCACUGCUUAAGGCAGCCACUCUUCGUACGUCCAAGUACAACAAUGCCGCCUGCCUUGCCCUCUGUGACUUGCUUGAGGAGGUCUUCGCCAUCUACGACAACUUCGAGGUUGCCACCAGCUCUCCCGCUUAUAACGACUGGAACUUUUGGUUUGACGUUUUUCAGAAGGUUAUGAGCUCGUUGAACACCAUCUCUGAGGUUCGCAUGCUUGCUUUCCUCUACAGUAUUUGGAACAUUGCCACCCGCGAUCCCGCUCGCAAGGAAGCCCUUUGCGCCAAAUGGCUUCUUACUGAGGAGACCUUCAACUCGCUCUUCAACAACUGGUGCCCAAUGGUCCGAGCAUACUACCACCGCUUGCUCUGCUGGCGAAUUUGCCGCGAUGAAAAGGACAGCGACGAAGAGCCUGCUGAUGACGUAGACCGUGAAGUAUACGCCUUGGCCUCUCAGCGCCUGAAGACGGUGUGGUCUCACUACUUGUUUCUUAAGAACAACGCCGCGGAACAGGGCCGCGCUGGACCCUCAACGAUUGCCAUGUCACCUACACUCGGCAAGAGAUUUAUCAUUAUUCGCCAAGAAGUCAACUCCCCACAGCUUGGUGUUGUCAUGGGAUUUGACACUUUUGCUCGCACCAACCCUGCCCCCUCUGGUCAGUUAACCUCAUCAGCUUCAUUCGACGCGGCCACGACACCUAAGCCUGAGAUGAAGAAGCGAUGGUCACUGUUUGGCAAGGUCCUUUCUCGCAGUGGAGCCAACUCUCCCGAGCUGACUGCGAUUGACCUGCCACGCAACAAGUCGUUUGACGACAGCCGCCGACCAUCCGAGAUCAUCCGCCACCGCCACAGUGUGCAAGUACCCCCCUCCGCAUCCAAGUCAUCCAAGCUUAGCUCCAGCGGCCUCUCCUCUGAGCUCGAUCUAUCUGCUCCCUCGCCCAAGCCGGACACGCAAAAGUUUGUCUUCAAGUUUGUCCUUGGAUGGCAACAGCAGCAGACCAUGUCGCAGCGCGAACGCAACCUGUUCACUCCCCAGCUGCCAGGACCUGCACAGAUGAGAAUCGGCGGUGACUCCUCUACCCCCAUCAUCCGACCCAAAGCACGCGAUGCUUUGCGAACAAUACCCGUCAACGGCUUGAGCGGCCUCGUCAACAAUGCAAAGAACGCUGGCGUUCUCGAGGAGAGGCUCCAGCAGCUGACCUACAGCUCUACCCCUCUUAACAGCUUGUCCGUCACCAGCAGCCGUCAGCCCAGCCGCCCAGGCUCCUCCUACAGUAACCGUUCUGGCGGCGCGUCUGAUAAGACCGAGACAGCAGCCAUGCUCAACUACGUGAGCGGCCAGCUUCAUGAUGCUCCUACAGCUCCUCUGAAGCCUGCCGGUGUUUUCGCACAGAACGCAGUAUACUCUGGCCAGGCUCUCGCUGAGUGGGCUCAGGUUGUUAGUGAAUGCAACAGCUUCAUCUCGCGUCGCUGUGACGAAGGCAUUGAUCGUCUGGCUGACGUCGAGGUCCCCCAACUUGGCGUUGAGGGAUUCCGCAAGCUUGCUGGUUAAUCAUCCGGAUCACCAACUACGAAUACUACUUCUUUCUUACCUUGAUUUUCAUUUCAGCUAGCCAACAGGCACCACACCAUGACCAACGUUUACACUCAGCCUGUUUUCUUCUUCUUUUUGAUUUCUCUGGCGCAUGCGCUCCGCGAGCCGCUUCAUGCUGCACCAACACGCACAUUAUUGUCAUGAAUCUUUAGCGACUGCUUCAUCUGCUCUACACUUUUCUUUUUUUUCUGUUGACAUAUAUACCUUUUUCUUGUCGUCUCUUACUUCUAUUGCCUUUGCAUACCAUUCUCACCCGAGCGAGGGAAUGAAUGACUACCAUCUACUAUACCACGGAUACCAGGCUCCCUUGGAUGAGGACUCACGUUGUUUAUUCCGUUUUCUCUCGAUGUCUGCUGUUCAUAUUGAACGAUACCUCUCUUUUUUCUCUUUUUUUCUUCAUCAUCUUGCUUUUAUGCUAGCGAUAGGACAGUUCUUUUAUGGCUUUAGUCGUGUCUACCGGGCGUAUAAAACCGUACACGGCGUGUACCGAUAUCAGGGUAAUUUCGGAAAAUGCAUACCAAUUUUGUUCGUUUAGAC